GUGAUCCAAGCGGAAGUAAAAGAGAGUGGACGUUCGUUGCCCCAUGGAAACAUCUACGUCCAUGCAGUAUUAACAACUUGUUUACAGCAGUCUGGUGAAAUCUUUUGAUAAUCUUGUACGGUAACAGCACUUUGGAGCUUAUCACCGGAGCUCAGCGGUGGAUAGUGUGUAGUGGUAAUGUACGGUAUUGAUUCUUGCGGUAAAAGGCCCAGUGAUGAUGCUUCUCUGUAUCUCAAAUAGGGUAUAUCAACACAUUCUGGAGGGUUUAUCAGUUGUGCUGAACACACCGAUCAUGCGUUUCUACGUGCUUAACUGCGUGCCUGGAGCCAAAUGAAAUAGAUAUUAUAAUUAACCGUGUCAUUACUGUUACUGCGUUUUCCAGACAGGUCUGGAUUGUCGUGCAUCAUUGAUUUUAAAUGAGUGAAGCCCUGCAUGUGCGAACAUGCCUGACAUUCAUUUUUACUCAGCGAGAAACAAGUAUACAGUCUUCUGCUGAUUGCAUUUUGUGAACAAAGACAUCAUGUCUUUAGAAUUACGGCAAGACACUUUCUGACGGGCCGUCUGGUUGACAUCGAGGAGUUGACUGCUUCUCCGGAUUUUCUGAAGAAUUACACACAUUAAAAGCAGCCAAUAUGAGGAUUUUUAGGACUUUGAUGAACAUUGCAUCCGUCUCCAAGCAAAUCGACUAUUUCUCCAGAUUUUCUCCUUCUCCUCUCUCUAUGAAACAGUUCAUAGAUUUUGGUUCUGAGAAUGCAUGUGAGAAAACCUCCAUCACUUUUCUGAGACAAGAGCUGGCUGUCAGACUGGCAAAUAUAAUGAAGGAAAUCGAUUUAUUGCCUGAUAACCUGCUGAGGACUCCAUCAGUGCGCCUGGUGCAGAGCUGGUACAUGCAAAGUUUCCAGGAUAUACUUGAGUUCAAGGACAAGGAUAUCGAUGAUGAAAUGGUCACACACGACUUCACAGAUGCAGUGAUUAAGAUCAGAAACCGGCACAAUGAUGUGGUGCCAACCAUGGCUCAAGGAGUGGUUGAAUAUAAGGAGACCUACGGGACCGACCCCAUCACCAGCCAGAACAUGCAGUACUUCCUGGACCGGUUCUACAUGAGCAGGAUUUCAAUCAGAAUGCUCCUGAACCAGCACACUCUUCUGUUUGGAGGAAAGGUGCGUGUGAAUCCUGCUCAUCCCAAACAGAUCGGCAGCAUUGAUCCCAGCUGCUGUGUCACUGAUGUUGUAAAAGAUGCCUAUGAAAAUGCACGAAACCUGUGUGACCGGUAUUACAUGAACUCGCCUGAGCUCGUGCUGGAAGAAUUUAAUGUUAAAGGACCUGAUAAAACCAUUUCUGUGGUUUAUGUGCCCUCUCAUCUGUACCACAUGGUGUUUGAGCUCUUUAAGAAUGCCAUGCGCGCUACCAUGGAACUGCAUGAAGAUGCCAUGGAGUAUCCACCCGUACGUGUGCAGAUCGCCCUCGGCCAUGAGGACCUGACUGUUAAGGUCAGUGACCGUGGAGGUGGAGUUCCGUUGAGGAAGAUUGACAGACUGUUUACGUAUACAUAUUCCACUGCCCCUCGACCUCAGAUGGACACAUCUCGAGCCACUCCUCUGGCUGGUUAUGGCUAUGGGCUCCCCAUCUCUAGACUCUACGCCAGGUAUUUCCAAGGUGAUCUGAAGCUCUACUCUAUGGAGGGAUAUGGCACAGAUGCCAUCAUAUACAUUAGAGCUUUGUCCACCGAGUCCAUCGAAAGGCUUCCAGUUUACAACAAAUCUGCCUGGAAACAUUAUAAAACCAUCCACGAGGCCGAUGACUGGUGUGUACCCAGCAAAGAGCCCAAAGACAUGACCACCUUCCGCAGCUUCUAGUCGUGAUUAAAGCUGCUCUUAUGGAUGUGCUUGCCCUGUUCCCCUCUCACUGCUGAUCCUUGAGCAGAUUGCAUUGAUCCAAGCAUCUUAACUUCAUCUGUCCACCAAUAUAGGUCAAUGAGAUAUAAGAGAGGACAACAAUGAUUGAAACUGUGGCCAAUCACGAUGUAAAAGAGGAACAUUUCAUAAAUGAGGGAUGCUAAAACCUUAGAGGUUUCUAGUAUGUUCUCAUGAAAGUUUAAAAGGUCUGAAGAGAACUGGGUUGGCAGUAUGAUAUGUUAGCAGGGGUGUUCCAAGUGCCAAAUAGAAAAAUACGCCAUUACCAAUUGGAUGUACUUGUGUUUGAGUGUGUGCCAUUAUAAACUUUCCCAACUCACAGGUAUUAUUGUAACAUAGAAAUCUGUUAUUUGGAUUGAAAACAUUGAAAUGAAAGGAAUAGUUCACCCAAAUCCUCAUUUACUCAUCCUCAUGUGGCAUCCUUUUUCCAUGGAACACAAAAGGAGAAAUGUUGAAAAAUGUUCACUUGGUUCUCUUCCAUACAAUGAAAGUGAACGAUGACCAGGGAGCUUCAAGUUCUAAAAAAGACCAAAAAGCACCUUAAAAGUAGCCCAUAUGACUCGUGCUCUAUAUGCCUAGUCUUCUGAACAUAUAUACGAUGGCAUUGUGUGAGACUGAAAUGUCAGUUCAUUGAAAAUCUUUGUCUGACAACUGUGGUCACCAUUGACUUUUACUGUAUGGAAGAGAGCAGCUAGGAAAUUCUGCAUUAAAAACUCCUUUUGUGUUCAUGCUGGUGAGUAAAUAUUUAUCAGGAAUAUUUAACAGGAUUUGUAUUAUUUUUUUCUGUCUCUUUAAUGAAGUGUGAGAGUUUGGAGUUUUAAAGAAUGACAUUUCUACGUCUUGCUUCACCUUGCUAGGGAAAUUAUCUGAAGGUUGAUGAUUUUCUUUCAUGUAUUUAAUUGACAAAAACAAUUGAACAAAUGCAUGCAAGUGUAAAUUGAAAGCUUCUUUUGACUAAUCUUAAAUCUGGAACCACUGAACAAGAAUGAAUUGUCCAAAUUAAAACUCAUCCAGAAUGUGUCAAUAAAGCAUUUGGAGUACUUUACUGGAGACGGACUGUAGCUGCAGCCUCAUUACUUCUGUUACAGCAGCUCUGGGUGCAGUACAACACUAAAUAAUCGGGAGAUUAUUAAGAAGACAGAAACCAUGGUUCGAAUUACGUGGGAGCUGAGCUCCCAUAGAGAGAGGAUGAGCUCCCAUGAAAGCAGUAAAAUCAUACACCUGUGGGGUCUCUAAAAAUCAUCAGCACCAUUAUUUUAAAUUACAAAUAAAGCAUUUUUCCUUCAAUAUAUUCCUUCAAUGUGUAUGUUAACCCUUUUUUAACCCUUUAUGAUCAUACCAUCAGUAGCAACAGGGUGAUAUAAGGUGGUUUAUUAUUGUCGUUUCUCUACUCCUGUAUUAAUAAACAUUGAAAUCAAAAGAAUCAAGUGCAGUGUUAAGCAAUUAUUUAUCACACACACCACGCCUGCUUAUAGGCUACUUUUUUUUUUUUAAGAGACCCCCACAAAGAUGAAAUCAUAAUUCGAACCCAGACAGAAACAAAUCAAAAU